UAGUUGAGUGUGAGCCAGCUGAUCGGAAGGACCUUCGCAGAGAUCCCUGUUUGCUGCGGCCAACAUUUCUAGUUCGCAAGACUAUCUUCACAACAAAACUCCAUCGCUUUGGUUAUAAUGCUGUGAUUUUGCUGGAGUGUAUCCAUCAAGUGCCAGAAAGUUUCCAGGAAAGCCAACCGAAGUUGUAAAUCAGUGGUUACCGUUUGUUUCUAUUUUCUUGAAAAAAUGUCGUCAUGUCUGCGUGGUUUGGGCCUGUGCCGUGGUGCACAUUUGCUGAGAAGCAGAUACCAGCAACCGUUGCUGAAAAAUAGCCGAAGUUUUUCGGUUGUUGGCAAUCCAGGACUGCAAUCUUACCUGGCGGAGCAAGCAACUGGACGAUCAUCGCGUCUGUCCGCAAAUCGCACGCUACAUUCCAUCCACGAUCGCGAGCGCGCCACGAUCUCCGAGCGUAGUCAGCUGAAGUACGCUCGCCGAAUGGUGGUCAAGCUGGGCAGUGCGGUUAUCACCCGUGAGGACGAACACGGGCUGGCGCUGGGACGACUGGCAUCGAUCGUCGAACAGGUGGCGGAGUACCACGUCGAGGGUCGGGAAUGCAUCAUGGUGACCAGCGGUGCAGUUGCUUUCGGAAAGCAGAAACUGACCCAGGAGUUGCUGAUGAGUAUGUCCAUGAGAGAAACUCUUUCGCCGACUGAUCACACCCGACAGGACGCUGGAACGCUGUUGGAGCCACGUGCCGCGGCAGCCGUUGGUCAGUCGGGUUUGAUGUCACUGUAUGAUGCUAUGUUUGCGCAGUACGGCAUCAAAACUGCUCAGGUCUUGGUGACGGAACCUGACUUCUAUAACGAAGAAACCCGGAAAAAUCUGUUCAGCACCUUGUCCGAAUUGAUCAGCUUGAACAUUGUGCCCAUCAUCAACACAAACGAUGCCGUUAUGCCACCGAUGUUCAUCGUAGAUCAAGAAGUCUCCGCAACUGGUAAGAAGAAGGGAAUCAAAAUUCGAGAUAACGACAGUCUUUCAGCCCUACUGGCCGCUGAAAUCCAUGCCGAUCUGUUGAUUCUCAUGUCGGAUGUCGACGGCAUCUACAACAAACCACCUUGGGAAGAUGGUGCUCGUCUGAUGCAUACGUACACGCAAGCUGAUAAGGAUCUCAUCAAGUUUGGUCAAAAGUCCAAGGUAGGAACGGGUGGAAUGGAUUCCAAAGUCAACGCCGCGACCUGGGCUUUGGAUCGUGGAGUGAGCGUCGUCAUUUGCAACGGUACACAGGAGAAGGCCAUCAAACAUAUUCUCACGGGCAGAAAGGUCGGAACGUUCUUUACGGAUUACUCUGCGGAGAAAGCGACGCCCGUGGAUGCGAUGGCUGAAGACGCUCGUCUUGGAAGCAGAAUUAUGCAGAAUCUCUCAGCAGCCGAUCGGGCAUUAUGUGUGAACACCUUGGCCGAUUUGUUGAUUUCUCGGCAGUCGUACAUUUUGGAGGCGAACGCAAAGGACUUGGAUGAGGCGAAAAAGACAGGUCUCGAUAAGCCGCUGCUUUCACGAUUAUCUUUGACUCCGGCCAAGCUUGAGAGCUUGGCGAUAGGUUUGAAACAAAUCGCUGAUGACAGUCAUAAGAAUGUAGGACGUGUUCUUAGGCGGACAAAACUAGCGGACGGUUUGGAACUGAAACAGAUAACAGUUCCAAUUGGAGUACUUUUGGUCAUUUUUGAAUCCCGUCCAGAUUCUCUGCCACAAGUGGCGGCCCUCGCCAUGGCCUCCGGUAAUGGUCUGCUGCUCAAGGGUGGAAAGGAGGCAGCGUACAGCAACAAAGCUUUGAUGGAGCUGGUGAAGGAAGCUCUGGGAACGGUGGGCGCUAAAAAUGCCAUUUCUCUGGUGUCGACACGCGAAGAGAUCAGCGAUCUGCUUUCCAUGGAGAAGCAUAUCGAUCUGAUCAUUCCCCGAGGUUCGAGCGAAUUGGUUAGAAGCAUUCAGGAAAAGUCUCAACAUAUCCCAGUCAUGGGGCAUGCCGAAGGAAUCUGUCACGUGUUCGUUGAUAAGGAUGCAAGUCCAGAGAAGGCGCUGAAGAUCAUUCGUGAUUCCAAAUGUGAUUACCCAGCAGCUUGCAAUGCAAUGGAAACCUUGUUGAUUCACGAGGAUUUACUUGCUGGCAACUUCUUUACGGACGUUUGCAACAUGCUGAAACGGGAGGGAGUGAAGAUCAACUCUGGUCCGAAAUUGAACCAGCUUCUGACGUUCGGGCCACCGCAAGCGAAAUCGCUGAAACACGAGUACGGUGCUCUUGAAUGUAGUAUCGAAGUGGUGAAAGAUCUGGAGGAAGCAAUUGAUCAUGUUCAUACUUACGGAAGUGGCCACACUGAUGUCAUUGUGACUGAAAAUGAUUCCGCUGCUCGUUACUUCCAAAACCACGUGGACAGUGCGUGUGUUUUCCACAAUGCGAGCAGUCGCUUUGCCGAUGGUUUCCGGUUUGGCCUGGGCGCUGAAGUUGGUAUCUCGACGGCUCGAAUUCAUGCUCGAGGACCCGUUGGAGUGGAGGGGCUUCUAACUACUAAGUGGGUUUUGGACGGAACGGACCACGCCGCUGCCGACUUUAGCGAUGGCUCUCGCAAAUGGAUCCAUGAGUCGCUGCCGAUCAACUGACUCAAACGUAUAUUUAAAGCACUUCUUAAUAAGCUUAAGUACCUGUAGGAUUGAUAAGCUGCCCAUUUGAUACAAUUAGUAGGAUGCCUUCAUUUUUAUAACGUAAUUGACAGUGAGUUUUCCUGCAUAUGUAUAUUAUUUUCAUGUGAGAGAAAAGACUCAAUAAAAGUGGCUUAAUGAUGGAGCAAAAUUGUAAUUCAA